UCGCUUGUUGCUGUUGCCGGAGCUGCCGCCAUGUUAGGGGCCGGGUGGACGGCGCGUGGCCGGCGGCUCUUGCCGUUGGCUUGGCGGCUCUUGCAGCCUUGUCCUCAGCGCCGCGUUUGCUGGAGUCGCCGCCUUCGAGGAGACGCCGCCGCCGCCGCCGCCUCUGGCCUUGCCGAGGCCGGGCUGCAGCCGCUGCGGGAUAAAUUUGGUGGGCUGAGCGUGCGCCUGUCCCAGCUGCGCUCCCCGGAGAGCCUGGAGCCAGAAACCUUUCGGAGGUGCCUGCAGGAUUCUAUCAGGCAAUGGAGAACAGAAGGCCACGUAGCAGUCUGGCUGCAUGUUCCUAUUCAACAAAGCAGAUUUAUAGCUGUGGCUGCAGAGCAGGGCUUUGCCUUCCACCAUGCAGAAUCGGACUCUGCCACACUCACCCUUUGGCUAGCAGAAGGACGCAGCAGGUUACCCCAUUAUGCUACUCAUCAAGUAGGAGUUGCAGGUGCUGUAUUGGAUGUCCACACUGGGAAAGUAUUGGUCGUACAGGACAGGAAUAAAACAAUAAAUGCAUGGAAAUUUCCAGGAGGAUUGUCUGAACCAGGUGAAGACAUUGGGAACACAGCAGUUCGAGAAGUUUUAGAGGAGACUGGCAUUAAGUCAGAAUUCAAGUCCCUCCUAAGCAUACGGCAGCAACACAGACACCCGGGAGCCUUUGGCAAGUCGGAUAUGUACAUCAUCUGCCGAAUGGAGCCUUCCUCUUUCAAAAUCAGUUUAUGCCAACAGGAGUGCCUGAGGUGUGAGUGGAUGGACCUAGCUGAGCUUGCCAAGACACCACACACUACUCCAAUCACCAGCAAUAUUGCUAGAUUGCUUCUUUAUGGGUAUAGGGAAGGGUUUGAUAAAAUUGAUUUAACCGUGAGAGAAUUUCCAUCUGUGUACACAGGCCUUUUCUAUAAGGUGUACCACAGAGAGCUGCCAGAGAAUUAUAGAAACAUGACAUGUUAGCAAUACAUUUAGUGUUGUUGUUGUUUUGGCUUAGAAAAAAAAUCCCUUGUACUAAAAUAUACGUAUAUUCUGUUCCAAAUUAAAUUCCCUUUUCUACAUUCUAAAA